AUUGUUGAGCAUUAUGGCUUGGCGCUUGCGAACUGGCCGUUGUCUGGUCAUAUUCAGAAUCCUUCGAAAGUUGGUGGAAGAGCCAAAAUAAAGAGUGUACUUGAUGCUCUGAAGUCUGGGUCUUGUGAGUGGGUCAUGCUCAUAGAUGAAGAGUGCAUCAUGCGCAUGAAGGAUAACUGA